AUGUCUGCCUUGACGGAAAUCUCCCUGCCCAGCUUUCAAAAGAUUGCUUCCGGCAAAGUGCGCGAUCUUUUUGAGCUGCCCGACAAGGAUACCCUUCUUUUCGUGGCCUCUGAUCGCGUCUCAGCUUACGAUGCUGUUCUCAAGAACGCAAUUCCCGACAAGGGCAAGAUUCUGACCAUUCUUUCGGCCCACUGGUUCAAGGUUUUGACGGAGCGCAUUCCUGGCCUGCGAACCCAUUUCAUCAGCCUCGAUGUCCCUGAAGGUGUUUCUGCUGAGGAGGUCCAGAUCAUCAAGAACAGAUCCAUGGUUGUCAAGAAGCUCUCUGUUAUCAAGAUCGAAUCCAUUGUGUACGGUCUCCCUCCCAUGUCGGAAGCACCCCGCAACGUCAUUCACUGGACACGAGGCUACCUGACCGGUUCUGCCUACAAGGAGUACAAGAAGAACGGUACUGUUCAUGGUAUCACUGUCGAGCCCGGUAUGGAGGAGGCAUCAAAGUUCAAGCAACCCCUGUGGACACCUAGCACCAAGGCCGAUGCCGGAGAGCAUGACGAGAACAUCCACCCUGACGAUGCUUGGAAGGAGGUUGGUGACCGUGAGACUGCAGAUCGCGUAAAGGAGCUGUCCUUGAAGAUUUAUGAGGAGGCAUCCAAGUACGCCGAAGAGCGAGGCAUUCUUCUGGCCGACACCAAAUUUGAAUUCGCCAAGGAUGGAGAGGGUAACAUCUACCUGGUCGACGAGGUACUGACUCCUGACUCUUCCCGAUUCUGGCCAGCAGCCGGUUACAUGCCCGGUCGCGACCAGGACAGCUUCGACAAACAGUUCAUUCGAAACUGGCUCACCAAGGAAGGGCUCAAGGGCAAGGAGGGUGUUGAACUUCCCCAGGAUAUCGUCCAGGCUACAUCUGACCGCUACCGAGAGGCUUUUCUCAUGUUGACCGGUAAGAAGUUCGAGGAUGCCCUUAGCCAGUAG